AUGGACCAAGGCGAUACACGCACGACUCGCCAUGGAGACUGUCUCAGACUGUGUACUUACAACACGAGAACAGUUUCUACAGACGUUGAUCUGCAUGCCCUUUUCGGAGCUGCAGAGCGUAUCAAAUUUCACGUAAUUGCUCUGCAGGACACCAAGUGCAGAAGGAGCGACGUACGACAGAUGAAUGACGGUACACUCGUCAUUCGUGGAGAGAAGGUUCCGUCGCGAAAUGUAGGCGGUGUUGGUUUUGUUGUGCACCCAUCUGUCGUCCAUCUCGUCGAUUCUCACGAGAUCCUGUCACCUCGUCUGGCCAUUUUUCGCCUCCACCCUCUGCGCCAAAAAUCCAUCAGUAUCAUCAACUGCUACUCACCAACAUCAGCAGCUGAUGAAUCCGAAUUGGACGCGUUUUACGAGGAGCUGGAGGAAGUAGUCCGCAACGAGAAGUCCUUCUACAAAUUCGUUGUCGGAGACUUCAAGGCAAAACUAGGAAAGGCCACAGAAGAGGAAUACAGGAUUGGAAGAUUUGGACUAGGGGACCGGAAUGAAAAUGGCAAUCGUCUCGCCGGGCGGUUGUCCGCCGCUCGCCUCUUUUAUGGGAACUCUCUUUUCAUGAAAAAAAGAUCAUCGUCGGUGGACAUGGGAAUCGCCCAAUGGCGCGACUUGUGCGGAGAUCGACCACAUACUCACCAACCGGAGGUGGUGUUUACUUGA